CUUCUGCAGCCUCUCUUUCUCUUUUUAAUCAACGAUUCGUGGAAUUUGUUUAAAAAACUUUAAAGUCCAAAAAGUGCUUUCGAAAAUCAAAUAUUUUGCGUCUUUUGAGCUUUGCAGUAAUUAUUCCAUUAGAUUCUUUGAUUAAGCUUUCAAACUAGGGCUUAAUAGAAACUAAAGAAAGAUCACAAAAAAUAUAAACGAUUUUCCGUUGAAUUUAACGGAAAGGAGGUUUUAAAUUAUGUGAGAUCCGCUUCGAUUCUUCCUUCGCAACAAUCUCUCUGCGGAAGUAAGAAAAAGCUAGAAAAUUGUGGAAGACGAAUAGCAACACGAACACACAGAUGACGUUCAAACUUGUUGUUCUCCAUUCAUGUUCGUGACGCAGAAGUCGCAAAUGGCCUCAAACAUGAGAACAGAUAUGCGAAUUCCAACAAGAGCAGCCCCUCGACCUCCUGGACAGUCGGCGAUGUACGCGAGUUCGGUUUGGAACAGCAACAAUGACUUGUUUGGUGAUAAUUUCGUACAACCGACAACACAGAAGAAAAAGCCACCGCCUCGGCCACCACCUCCCAAAUUUCAGCACAGUCGAUCUCAAUGCAGUAAAGAUCUAAAACCGAAGAAACCGGCGAGGCCAACGGAACUUUUGACUAAUAUUUUCACACGCAAGGAAACGAAACGUCACCAACCCAUUGGGGCUUUUUCUUCAAACGUUUUAGAAAACUCAACAUUUCAAUCAUCGUCGACAAAAAAUGGGACGGUUUGUCUAAUAGAUCUGAGUCCUCCGGGUUCUCCAACAUUCACAACACGGUCAAGCAGUGACGGUUUGAGUGUGGACAGUUUUGGAAGUGAUGGAAAUUCAAAUCCUUCUGUAUUUACUAGUAGUGGCAGCACCUCUCAGACCGAAAGUGCCUUUGAAGACGACUUCGACUUUUUUGGUGGCUUAGACAGUAACAAAAAAUUCGCACAGAAUGACCCAUGGAAAGUUACAUCUGACAAUAAGCAUGAUCCUUUUUCACCAACUCAAUUAUCUAGCUAUAAUAAUGCGAGUCAAGUGAAACAAAUCGGUGACGCGUGCUUUUUCGCAUUCAAUAAGGAAAGUGCCACUGCAAAUCAAGUGCCUUCUUACAAUAAAUCAGCUGCGAGCUCCAGUUACCAAAUGCCUACUAUCAUUCGCGCAAAGCCGCGUAAAGAAGUUCCGCUGAAAUCUGCUCAAAACAAUUCAGCCGCGACUUCUGAUAUUUCUCAAGACUUUUUCGCUGGUUCGAAUUUUGCUCAGAGAAAUGCGACAACUUUACAGGAGUCUGUUGUGGAUUUUAAUUCAAAAUGGAAAGCAGAGAGGCCAGGAAGUGAAUCUCCUCCAAUGCCAUCAAUUCCUCCCCCUACGUUACCACCUGAGUUUCUGACGGAUGCCAAACCUAAACCACAGGGAAAUCGCGAACCAUAUGGCAUCGCGCUUUACAAUUUCCCAGAGACGCAGGUAGGAGAUUUAGCUUUAAAAGAAGGAGAUACUGUGAUUUUAUUGAGAGUCGUUAAUGACGAAUGGAUGGAAGGACGUAUUGGAAAUCGUGAAGGAAUGUUUCCCGCCAAUUUCAUCGAUAUCAAGGUCCCGAUUCCGGGUGCUUCGACAAACAUAGUCAAUGCCUUGUACACUUUCAGAGGCGAAACUUGGGAGGAUUUGCCUUUUGAGGAGGGUGCGAGGAUUAAAGUUCUCUCUAGGAUAUCAAAUGAAUGGUUAUAUGGGGAAUGUGACGGAAAAAGGGGACAGUUUCCAGCAAAUUUUGUUGACAGAGUGCCCUCUGAUCUUCCCAAUCAUUGAUAAGUAAUAACUAAUUUUUACAUAGUCUCAAGUGGCAUAAAUGCAAAUGAAGUUUGGUAAGACUGUUCCUUUCGCAUUGUUGAUUCAAGUCUGUUUUUUUGUCUAAAUAUUGACUGUACUCUAAACUUUUGUAUUCUCUGUAUUAGCUUUGUUAUACUAAAAUUUUAUUACGACAAUCUAUGAAUACUUUUGCUACAGUCUUGAUGUUAGGAAUAUUAUAAAUGCUAUUUUACUUGUAUCAAGUAACAGUAUAUAAUCAAGUCUGUACUUGUGUGUUUGUAAAAAAAAAAAAGAAAAAACUAACUUAUCUGAAGUCAAUAAAUGUUGUCAACGAUCGUUUGUACAUAAUAUUUCAGUCUUACCACUUCUUAAUUCUGUAAUAAUAUUAUAUAAGUUAACACGUGUACGCUUUUCGCUAUUUGUUACGUGAGUGUUAAGAGACACUUGCUAGACGAGUAACCCUUCAAGUGCUGAGAAUAUCGGUACCUUUACACACAUCACAAAAUUUCUCUUUGUUUCCAAGGCAAACAGUUGGAACUUGAAGGGCUAAUGUUUAGUGCAUAAUAAAGAUUUUGAUAUACAAAUUGUAAUAUAAUUUGACAUUAUUAAAGUCGAGGGUAUGUUUUGUUUUGUAUAUACAACUUAAAUUAUUUAUACAAUUGUACCAUCUUGUAGGGAUUUAUGAUACAAAUCAAAAGCGAUAAUUGCGUUUGAAAAGAGUAAUAUAUAUUUACAUUGUACUUGUUAAUUAAGAAAUCGUCCGUAGUAUAAGUAUUUUGCAAUGAUUCGAUUAUCCAUGAGAUUGUGUAUGAUAUGUACUUUAUGUAGAAUCAACGCCCUUGUAAUUUGUUAUGAUCUAACGACGAAAUUGAAAUUAAUAUUGAAAUUCGAUUCUCAAGCUUCCCUUCUUCGAUAUUUUCGUAUUCGUUUUCAGUAUUAUAGUACUUUCUAUUUGAAUUUCGUACUACCGGGAAACGGGACCAGAAUCUUUAUUCGAAGGUGAUAGGGCAAUCAAACUCACUGUCGGGAUUAUCUUACGCAAAAUUCGAUGAGGUUUGUAUUUCUUUAUGUAUCUAUAGAGUAAUGUGAUAUAUUACAAAUAAAAAGACUUACAUUUAC